AUGGAUACUAAAAUAUCAACUGGUGGUGAUCAUAUUCAUGAUCAACAUGAAUAUCCUAUUGAUUAUGCUGACGAUGAUGAAGAUUUCGGGUUAGCUAAUUAUGAUUCUCUACAUAAUAUCAAUUUUGAAAUAGGCAAGAAUAGCAAUCUAAAUCUAGUUGAGGAUCCAUUAGAACACAUUCAAAAUCAUAUUGAUGUCAAUUCCGACAAUCAUUUCGGUGAAAGUAAAAACGAAAACGAGUUCAUUGAUGAUGAGACAGAUUAUACUAUAGUCGAUGAUAAUAUUGAUUUACAGAAAGAAGAAUCACAUAUUACACAUGAUUAUGUUACUCCUGGUGGCUCACCUUAUUGGAUUCUUGUUGUUUCAGACCACAUCAAACCUAAAAUAAACUCAACAGUUGACUCAUAUGGUGCAACAUUAUCAAUGUAUAAAAAUUAUACAUCAGAAGCAGAACAGUACGAGAAAUCUCAAUUCUUACAUAGGUUCCAGGGAUGCAAAAUUCCUUGUAGUCAAGAUGCCGGAAAGGGAAAGAAUAUCCUAACUUUUUCUUUCGAGUUUAAAGUUGUGUGGAAAAAGUUGAAUGCGCUUUUUUGGAUUGAUGAAACCGCAAAGUAUAACUACAAUGCUUUUGGAGACGUUAUAUCCCUUGAUGCCACAUUCAACAUGUAA